UAAGCGUUGGGGCAACAAUCGCAUGAGGGGAAAGACAUAAACGUUGUCAUGAUAUUGCUGUAGCACUUUGUUGACCGGAAUGGCUUAAAGGACGGAGAAGGUGCGUGGUGGAUGUUUGGUUCAGAGAUACAUGCAGGUCAAAGCGUUGGCAGGCGUGGCGGUGGGCUGGACUAGGCUGCAAUGAACGACGACAAACACAGGAGCUGUGCUAUGAGCGGGAGACAUUAAAAUAUCAGGAGUCAAGAGCGAUAUAGCAACUCAUUGUUUUAAAAUAUAAUAUUUACGAAGUUUAUGUUUUAUCAAUGUAGUAAUCUAUAGCAUAAAUUAGUAUUAUCUGCUAUUUUCCUAAACGUAGACGUAGACUAAAGAAGCUAUACAUGCUCAGAGAACAAGGCGUUGGAGAAUGCUGUAAGCUCUCUCCUGUCUCCUUGUCGUGGUAACCUCCUCUGACCUGAGACACCAUGAGCACCUCCUCUAGUCCAAAGGAGACCCCGGUCCAGCACAGCCCCAGUGAUGGGGAGGGUGCGGACACGGACACCAUUCAGUCACCCCUACAAUCCACCCCAUCCACCAGCCAGAAGAAGCGCAUCUCCAGCCUCCUGCAGAGCCCAUCCUUCAGAGAAGAGCUGGAUGUGCUUAUCCAGGAACAGAUGAAGAAAGGGGGCAGUGCCUCGAAUCUGUGGGCUCUGCGGCAGAUCGCCGACUUCAUGACCACUCAUGGCUCUCCUGCUGCCCUUCCUGUUUCACCAUCAUCUACGAACAUGGUCACCCCCAUAAAUGACAUGCAUGGCUGGGAGCCGGGCACCAUGGUGAAAGGGGAGCGUAUGAUGCGUUGUAAACUGGCCAGCGUGCAUCGUCUACUGGAUCUGUACGGCUGGGCCCAGCUCAACCCCACAUGCCUCACGAUACGCGUGAGCAAAGAACAGGAGCACUUCCUGGUAUUGCCGGAUGGUCUGGCUUACGGGGAGGCAACGGCAUCUGGCCUGGUGAAGGUGAAUAUUCUGGGGGAGGUGGUGGAGAGGGGCAGCACCGCACUGGGUGUUGACCUGUCUGGAUUCAGUCUGCACUCGGCCAUCUACUCGGCCCGUCCUGAUGUCCGAUGCCUGCUCCACCUCCACACACCGGCUACUGCUGCGGUUUCUGCCAUGAAGUGUGGCCUGCUCCCCCUAUCCCAUGAGGCUUUGCUGGUGGGGGAUGUGGCCUACUUAGACUACAAUGGAGUGAUGGAGGAUGAGGAGGACCGGGUGGAGCUGCAGAAGAGUCUGGGGCCCACUUGCAAGGUCCUGGUGCUGAGGAACCAUGGGAUUGUGGCUUUGGGAGAGUCGGUGGAAGAGGCCUUUUAUACUAUCUACCACAUCCAGGCUGCAUGCCAGAUUCAGGUGUCAGCAUUGUGCUGCGCAGGAGGGGAGCAGAAUCUCAUCAUGCUGGACCGGGCCACCCACAAGCCCAACCCCAUCGGCACCGUGGGCCGGGCAGGGUCCACAUUUGGCCCGCUGCACAAGAGCCGUCUGGGGGAGCACGAAUUUGAGGCUCUGAUGAGAACCCUGGACAACCUGGGCUACCGCACUGGCUACGCCUACCGCUUCCCUGUUCUGCUGGAGCGCUCCCGGACCAAGCGGGAGGUGGAGAUCCCGGCCACUGUCACAUCCUUUAACUUCAAUGACGAGGGAGGGAGCGUCCACCCGCGCCUGCACCCCCACGCCCAGAAGCAGCAGCAGGAGAGGACGCGGUGGCUCAACACCCCAAACACGUACCAGAAGGUCAACCAGGACGAGGCAAGCCCUGGGCAUCAACGCACAACGUGGUUGAAGUCUGAGGAGAUCACCCAAAGCAGUGGGACAGCCAUAAAGAUUGAGACCUCUAGUCAGUUUGUCCCACUCUUCACCAAUCCAAAGGAAGUACUGGAAACCAGGAACAAGAUUCGGCAGCAAAAUCGCCAGGACAUGAAAACAGCUGGACCCCAAUCCCAAGUGCUUGCAAGUGUCACGGAGAAUAGUCCUCCGUCUCCAGAGCUUUCACCGAUGCCCAGUACACCUGAGCCUGAGCCCCCUAACCCUUUCAACGAGCUCACUGACCAGGAGCUGGAUGAGUAUCGCAAGGAGGUGCAGAGGAAACAAAAGGGCGACGGAGAUGGUGGGGAGGAGGCCAACGAAGCUGGGACUCCCCCGGCUUCCUCCCCCACAAAGAUCCCUUCCCCCAGCAAACCCCCACCUGAAGAUGGCUCGAAACCCACCGAUGCCAACGAGGUUGUGAAAAACGGCAGCGUGGAUGAUGAGAAACAGCAGCAGGAGGAACUGGAGAAAGGAAUGAAGGCUCUGACCACCAACGACACCGCUCCCACCCCCACACCCCCCAACAAGCUAGCCGGGGUGACUCCCGAGGGAUCACCUUCGAAGUCCCCCUCGAAGAAGAAGAAGAAGUUCAAGGCUCCGUCCUUUCUGAAGAAGAGCAAGAAGCAGAAGGACAAGGACAAGGUGGAAACCUGAAGGGGCGCUCCAACAAGACUCACAGACAAUGAUACCCAUUCACGCCAGACACACACACACACAUAUUCACAUUCAGAAUGUUGAACACUCAGACUCACAUCUUGGUAUUCACCUGCUAGUUCGGCUUCCUUCUCUCUUUCACACACACCUACUCUAACAGCAAUUACCCACCCCCCUAAAAAAAUGUUUUUGCUUCACAGACUUCACAACAAGCACGAAAAUAAUGCAAAUGAACAGAUGCACCAGGCAACAACUAUACAAACUGAAAACAGUAAUGUUCCAAACUAACAUUAAUAUUGUAUGGCUCAGCAUAACCAUGCACUUAACACUUACAUUUUGGGGGGGAAAAAGAAUGUUAUAAAAACACUCACUUGUUUGUCCUUACUACUCAGUCACGUGAUGGUCACAGACAUAGGAUGUGUGCUAUACACAGGUUUAAAUGGUCGUGCAGGUGUAAUUCUUUACCCUUAAAUGAUGAUUGAAUUUCAUGUUUGAACUGCAGGGAUAAGUACAAAUGAAAAUGAACCAGAAAAUGAACUCUGAACUUAAUCUUGGCUUUUUUUCUGGUCAAAUAAACAGAAACAAUUCUUUGAAACUGUCCAGUGACUGAAAGCCCAAUUCUGAAAGGCACUAUACAUUCCACUUCUUUUCUUUUUCUUAACGAAAUGUAUGUAUGCAAAGCGCUCCUCACAGCUGUAAUUAUUUGUAUGGUCUGUUACUAUUAUUUAAACGCUUUUGUGUAUUUGCUGGGUUAAAAUGUUCAUGUCAUAUUAGAAUGUAAAGUGGUUACUGCUAGGUUCAAAUGUACCAACCAUUAAAGAUGAAAGCAAUCAAA